AGCGUUGACCCUCGCACAGGAACAAGGUCAUACUCUGCGACAGGUUAUUAUUGUAAUCAACCUGUACGACCCAACUUGCACAUAAUUGUCGAUGCCCAGGUCACGAUGAUACAUUUUGCCGAACAGAGCGAGCCAUUGACCGCGACUUCGGUUCAGUUCUCCGUCGGAUCUGCUUCCUACGUCGCGAAUGCUUCACGCGAGAUCAUUCUAUCGGCAGGCACUGUCCAGACCCCGCAAAUAUUGGAGCUCUCUGGUAUCGGAAAUAGAAGUAUACUCGAGGCCCAAGGCAUACAAACACUGAUUGAUCUGCCAUCUGUGGGCGAGAACCUGCAGGCAGGUCUCAGGCAUCUGCGAUUGUGA